AUGGUGAAAGGGAACUCAACGACCAUCACAGAAUUCAUUCUCCUGGGAUUCUCUCCUUCCCUGGCAAUGGAAGUCUUCCUCUUUGUGCUAUUCCUAGCGAUCUACACUAUAACACUGGUUGGAAAUAUCGCCAUAAUUGUCCUGACUAGUUUGGAUCCACACCUUCAAACACCCAUGUACUUCUUCCUCUGCAACCUUGCCCUCUUGAAUAUCUGCUGCACCUCAGUUGUAGUCCCCAAAAUGCUCUUGAACUUCUUAGCAAGGAGGAAGUCCAUCUCCCCUGCACUGUGCGGGGCUCAGAUGUACAUCACCCUGUUCCUAGGGGCGGCAGAAUGCAUCUUUCUGGCUGUGAUGGCUUUCGACCGGUACGUCGCCAUAUGCCUCCCAUUGCGUUACUCCACUCUUAUGAACGGCCGGGUGUGUGUCGGCAUGGCUGUCGGCUCAUGGCUGAGCACCUUUCUUGGAUCGGUGGUUCCACUCUCUGCACUGCAGCUUCCUCUCUGUGGCUCUGUCAUCGAUCACUACUUCUGUGAAGUACCAGCCAUGCUUCAGCUGGUGUGCGUCGACACUUCCGUAAGCGAGAGUGCAAUGUAUUUGGGCGGCAUAGCUACUGAGAUAAUCCCUUUCAUCUUAAUCCUACUCUCUUACAUACGCAUCCUCGUCACCAUCCUGCGUAUCGCCUCUGCCGACGGCAGGCGGAAAGCGUUUUCCACCUGCUCAGCACACCUGACUGUGGUCACCAUUUUUUACACGACCGCCAUGCUCAUGUACAUGAGGUCAAAGGUGCAGCGCACGCCGCAGCAGGACAAGGUGAUCUCUGUCUUCUAUACCAUCAUCAACCCCAUGAUAAACCCAAUCAUAUAUAGCCUGCGCAAUAAAGAGGUAAAAAGAGCCUUGAUGAGAAUUUUGGGGUCAAGCAAAACAGCCCUGGGGGAAUAA